AUAUAUGUAAAGCGAACGCGUGCGUGGGUAGCCGAUGCCAAUAACGAAUAUGUUGAUAAAUUUGCCUUACCCUGCUGAUGCUGCUGUUUCACUAACAGUAUAAUAUCAACUACCUCCAACAAAAUUAAUGAAAAUAGGACUCCAACAGAGGGAUAAAAGAGAGAGCGAUAACAGCAGCCUUGCUAGCUUUAAACAAUACAAAAAAAAUAGCAUUUUACAGCUAGACACGAGCGCCACCUAUCGUCGACCGUACGCACAAUAUGACAGAGAGAAAGAGAGUCUGAGCAAAGGGACCCAAAACGUCACAAAAGCAAAAAAUAUAACUAAAAGAAGUAAAUACAAAACAACAAAUUACGAAGUACAUGAGAAGAAAAUUAUAUUAAAAAUAAAAACAAAGUGCAUCUAGACAUUCAGCUCAGACGCUUGCAUUGUAUAAGUGCAUGUGUAUCUCCGCGUGUGUGUUCGUUACCGUGCCAGCGUUUAUGUUGAAGUAGUGGUAGUUUGUGGUGCUGUUAUCUGCUCCCCUACUACACAGCCACCCACAUACAUACACACAAACACACACACACACACACGCACACGGCAACUCGGGCUCCGGUGGGAGGCGAAUCCGUGACUGACUGGCUGUCACGUUGCCUUGCCCGCCAAUAUGGCGUGCCUUAACACACUGAAGCAAGAAAUCAAAACACUGGAGAAAAUCUUUCCGAAGAACCACGACCGCUUUCAGAUACUCAAUUCCAGCGUAGAUGAGCUCCUCUGCAGAUUCAUCGAUAAGAAUGGCAAGCGCUACGACAUACAUGCAAACAUAACGGAAACGUAUCCAUCAUCGCCGCCAGUUUGGUUCGCUGAGAGCGAAGAGACGAGCGUCACGAACGCCGUGCAAAUCCUUAGCAACACAAAUGGUCGCGAUAAUCAUGUGAUUAAUCAGGUUGGCAUAUUGCUGCGCGAGCUGUGCCGUUUACACAAUGUUCCACUGCCACCCGAUAUUGAUAAUUUAACGCUGCCGCUGCAAACGCCGCCGCCCUCUGCCUCGCCAUUACGCUUGGAGCGUUCAGCUGGUGGUGGGGGUGUUGGUGGCGGCGUUGGCGGUGGAGCGGGCCCACAUGGCAACGAGGAGACUGAUUCGGAUCAGGACGAAAUCGAGGAUCCCAUCGGUGAGAGCGAGCAGGAGAGCGAGGGCGAUGAGGAUCUACCAUUGGAAAUGGAUGAUGUGCGAAACACAAAUAAAAAAGAUGAUAUGGAGGUGGAACAUUUAGCGACUUUAGAAAGACUGCGUCAAAGUCAAAGACAAGACUAUUUAAAAGGUUCAGUUUCUGGUUCAGUGCAGGCAACAGAUCGCCUGAUGAAAGAACUACGUGAUAUUUAUCGAUCCGAUGCGUUCAAGAAUAACAUGUACUCCAUUGAGCUCGUCAACGAUUCGAUUUAUGAGUGGAAUAUACGCCUCAAGUCUGUCGAUCCGGAUAGUCCAUUGCACAGCGAUCUGCUGCAGCUGAAAGAGAAGGAGGGCAAAGAUAGCAUAUUGCUCAACAUACUGUUCAAGGAGACGUAUCCGUUCGAGCCGCCCUUUGUUCGUGUCGUGCAUCCAAUCAUCUCAGGUGGCUAUGUGCUCAUUGGUGGCGCUAUUUGCAUGGAGCUGCUGACCAAGCAAGGCUGGAGUUCCGCCUACACAGUCGAAGCCGUGAUCAUGCAAAUUGCCGCGACGCUGGUCAAGGGCAAAGCGCGCAUACAAUUCGGUGCUACAAAGCAGGCGCUAACCCAGGGACAAUACAGCUUAGCAAGGGCUCAACAGAGCUUCAAAUCCUUAGUGCAGAUUCACGAGAAAAAUGGUUGGUUUACGCCGCCGAAGGAGGAUGGCUAAGAUUUAUUGUUGCUUAGGUGUUUGUAUAAGCUUAAGGAAUGGACGUUUGCCAAAUGUCGUCGCUCAUCCAUAUACAUAUAUAUUUAUAUAUACAUAUAUAUAUAUAAAUAUUUAUUUAUAUAUAUACGCAAACUAACAAAAAACAAAACAAAAAACCUACCCUGAAAACUACCAGACACAUGCGGCUAGAUAAGCCACAUACAGAGCGUAUCAGUAGAAGAAGCGAAGGCCAGAACAGCAGCACAAGCAGCUGCAGUAGUCGUAGCUGCAGCAUUAUCAUUUCAAAUCGAACCCGCCAUUCAAACAUUAUUUAAACACAGGACGUAGCGUUGUCCGAAAUAAGUUCUGCAAUUUGUGUAUACUUGAUGAAAAGGAAAA